CGACUAGUGGCAGCUCAGUGCACGUUAAGAAGUGAUGGUGUGAGGACGUGUUGCGCUCUUUUCUGGAUUACUGCCACACAAAGUGUUCUUUUUACUUUUUUAGCAUCGCCAAAAUGAGGAUAUAUAUCGCCAUCGGAUUGAUAGUCUUAUUAGGACCCGUAUCUCAACACAAGACUUGUACUGGGAGGACUAUGGGUCUGGUGACGGGCCUGAGCUGACCCAUGUCGAAGGCUCUGGUCACGGAACUGUAGGGCGCGGUCCUUACGAUACUUACGACGACACAGAAGACGACUACGACGAGUGGAACACCUUUGAUGUUCAGGGCGGCAAGGAUGGGCAUGAUGAAGAGACGGCAGAAGGAUCCGGCAUUGGAGUCUGUGAGUAUUCUAUUGUGGUUACCCCUGUACAUGUGACGCGUUUUCUGUGAAGAGAUUUGGUCCAUUUUCUGUUUGGCAGUAAGG